AUGUUCUCGUCAGCUCUCCUUAGGACGAGGGCGCCGCGGGCUCUGUCCCAAGGCAGCUUGCGCAACUCGAGCUCCAAGGCUCGCCUCCUCUCUACCACCGCAUACCGUGCCGCCGACGAGCACUUGAACAGAGUCUCCUACAAGAUCACCCAGCACAAGUCGCAAGGCGCCUCGCAGGCCAUGCUUUACGGCACCGGCAUGACCGAGGAGGACAUGAACAAGGCCCAGGUCGGCAUCUCCUCGGUGUGGUUCGAGGGCAACCCCUGCAACAAGCACCUGCUGGGUCUCUCGGAGCGCAUCCGGGACUCGGUCUCCAAGGCCGGCCUCCAGCCCUUCCGCUUCAACACUAUCGGCGUCUCGGACGGUAUCAGCAUGGGCACGAGCGGCAUGCGCUACUCGCUGCAGAGCCGCGAGAUCAUCGCCGACAGUAUCGAGACCGUUAUGAACGGCCAGUGGUACGACGCCAACAUCUCCAUCCCCGGUUGCGACAAGAACAUGCCCGGCGUCCUCAUCGCCAUGGGCCGCGUCAACAGGCCUAGCAUCAUGAUGUACGGCGGCACCAUCAAGCCCGGCUGCGGCAAGAGCGGCCAGCCUCUCGACAUCGUCAGUGCCUUCCAGGCCUACGGCCAGUACAUCUCCGGCGAGAUCACCGAGGAGCAGCGCUUCGACAUCAUCCGCCACGCCUGCCCUGGUAGCGGUGCCUGCGGCGGUAUGUACACCGCCAACACCAUGGCCAGCUCCAUCGAGACCAUGGGCAUGACCCUCCCCGGUAGCAGCAGCAUCCCCGCCGAGGACCCCGCCAAGCAGGCCGAGUGCGACAACAUCGGCGAGGCCAUCAAGAACCUGCUCCGGGAGGACAUCCGACCCUCCGAUAUCCUGACCCGCCAGGCGUUCGAGAACGCCAUGGUUGUCAUCAACAUCCUCGGCGGCAGCACCAACGCCGUGCUCCACCUGAUCGCCAUCGCCGACUCGGUCGGCAUCAAGCUGACCGUCGAGGACUUCCAGGCCGUCUCGGACCGCACCCCGCUGCUGGCCGACCUGAAGCCCUCGGGCAAGUACGUCUUUGAGGACCUCUACAACAUCGGCGGCACCCCGGCCCUGCUCAAGUUCCUGCUGAAGGAGGGCGUCAUCGACGGCAGCGGCAUCACCGUCACGGGCAAGACGAUGAAGGAGAACCUCGAGAAGUUCAAGGACUUCCCCGAGGACCAAAAGGUCAUCCGCCCGCUGUCCAACCCGCUCAAGGCGACGGGCCACAUCCAGAUCCUGCGCGGCACCCUGGCGCCCGGCGGCUCCGUCGGCAAGAUCACGGGCAAGGAGGGCCUGCGCUUCGAGGGCAAGGCCAAGUGCUACGACCAGGAGGACGACUUCAUCGACGCCCUCGAGCGCGGCGAGCUCAAGAAGGGCGAGAAGACGGUCGUCAUCAUCCGCUACGAGGGGCCCAAGGGCGGGCCGGGCAUGCCCGAGAUGCUCAAGCCCAGCUCGGCCAUCAUGGGCGCCGGCCUCGGCAACGACGUCGCGCUGCUGACCGACGGGCGCUUCUCGGGCGGCAGCCACGGCUUCCUGAUCGGGCACGUCGUGCCCGAGGCCGCCGAGGGUGGCCCCAUCGGCCUCGUGCGGGAUGGCGACCACAUCAUCAUUGACGCCGAGAAGCGCGUCAUCGACCUCGAGGUGUCGGACGCGGAGAUGGCGAGGCGCAAGGCCGAGUGGACGCCGCGGGAGCCGAGGGCCAAGCGCGGCACGCUGAGGAAGUACGCGCAGCUCGUGUCGGAUGCCAGCCACGGGUGCAUCACCGACGCAUGA